GGUGGGGGGCGGGGGGAGGUUGGAGCACAGCUGUAAUUGUGGGCUUUUAUUUCUUCAUUGUAUCUUGUGAGCGCUUACAAGGGGAGGGAAGGUGAAGGUAGGCAGUCUACCGGGAUUUAUAGGACUUGGGCUUUUUGCAAAAGCACAGUCGGGGAAUCAUUAACCCUCCCCUGCCUCCACCUUCAGAUUAGUAUUCCCCAUCCCCCCACUGAGGCAGUCGCCUUCUCCGGCUGUGUCCUUCCCCUCCGCGUCCAAGCCGAGGCUACAGAGCUGAAGCCCUCGCUUGGACCAGUCCCAGGCUCCUGACAUUUAGGUCAGGGCCCCGAACUGGUCGUUCUGGUUUCGCGUUGGCGUUCGCUCCUGACCCCCUACCGCCACCCCGUCCUCACAUCACACACCUCUCGGCACACGUCAGUUUUAUUGAGAAACUUUAGACUUGCAAAGACCUUGUGACUAGAGGGAGGGACUCAGACAAGCUUCGAAAUCCUUUUUUCUGAAGGGGAACGCUUUUAAAUGCUAAGUAAAAGCCCACCUAGGUUUCGGGAAGGGGUCGCGGACGGAGGUGCAGGACACCUGGAGCGCGGAAGUCCGGAUGCGGUGCGAGGGCGGGAGCAUGCUGGGCCUCAGAGGGCUGCUGCUCCCCCCGGCGGGGAUCCUGCUCCUGUUGCCAUUCCUGCCGCCGCUACUGCUGCCAGCAGCCCCUGCGCCCCAUCGCGCUUCCUACAAACCGGUCAUCGUGGUGCACGGGCUCUUUGACAGCUCAUACAGCUUCCGCCACCUGCUGGAAUACAUCAACGAGACACACCCUGGGACUGUGGUGACUGUGCUCGAUCUCUUCGAUGGAAGAGAGAGCUUGCGACCCUUGUGGGAACAGGUGCAAGGGUUCGGAGAGGCUGUGGCCCCCAUCAUGGCAGAGGCCCCUGAAGGGGUGCAUCUCAUCUGCUACUCGCAGGGGGGCCUGGUGUGCCGGGCACUGCUGUCCGUCAUGGAGGAGCACAACGUGGAUUCUUUCAUCUCUCUCUCCUCUCCACAAAUGGGACAGUAUGGAGAUACGGACUAUUUGAAGUGGCUUUUCCCUACCUCCAUGAGGUCUAACCUCUACCGGAUCUGCUACAGCCCCUGGGGCCAAGAAUUCUCCAUCUGCAACUACUGGCACGACCCCCACCAUGAUGACUUAUACCUCAAUGCCAGCAGCUUCCUGGCCCUGAUUAAUGGGGAAAGAGAUCAUCCCAAUGCCACUGCAUGGAGGAAGAACUUUCUUCGUGUGGGCCGCCUGGUGCUGAUUGGGGGUCCUGAUGAUGGUGUUAUUACCCCCUGGCAGUCUAGCUUCUUUGGUUUCUAUGACGCUAAUGAGACGGUCUUGGAGAUGGAGGAGCAACCGGUUUAUCUGCGGGAUUCUUUUGGGUUGAAGACACUCUUGGCCCGGGGAGCCAUAGUGAGGUGUCCGAUGGCUGGGAUCGCCCACACGGCCUGGCACUCCAACCGUACCCUUUAUGAGACCUGCAUUGAACCCUGGCUCUCCUGAGGAUGUCCUCAGAGAUGCCCCGGGAACUCCCCAGCCCAGAAACCAAGCGGUGGCCUUGGAAGGCAAAUGUCAGGCUCUGAUGUGCCUGGGACCACCCCACUGUUCCCACACUGCCCGCACCAACCAGGGCUCCCACGACCCCUUCCUCCUCUUCUCUGUACAUGACAAAUCCUGGUGUUCCCCCAGCUCAUGUCUGGGGUUUGCUCCGUGCUCUCUCAGCCUCCCAAGCCCAAGGUUGGGAAGAGAGAAACCAGGUUUUUAACUUGUGGCUGCUCCUGCUGUUGCUGCUGCCGCCGCCAACCCUUCAUCUCUGGCUGUUACCGAAGGAGAACCCAGCCCCUGCCUGCUACAGGGGUCUCCUUCUAGGCCACUCAGGUCAUUUUUAGCUUCUCUUCUCCCCAUGUUCCCUUUUCCUCAGCUGUCCCAACUCCCAGGAAGGACUACCCAUGAGAGUGGGGUUCUGAGGCUCCCCUAUGGGGACAGUUCUGUUCUUGAAAUGUCAGUGUUGGGGAAUAUCUAUGGCCUGUGAGGCCCAUCUCAGGUUUGGGGAUCCCCCAGUCCCUACGUUCAGUGUUGGGGUACCCCCGGGAGCCUAGUUUCUUUGAGGCCCCAGCCCCUCUUUUAGCUACCAUUGAAUGGGUGUUAACCCUGUAUUAAUGGAAAUAAAGUUCCAUUUCCUCA